AUGGAGGGGAGUUCCGAGAAGAAGAAAUUCGAGGACAUGCGUCGCGCUCUGGAGGACAAGAACUACGAGAUAAUAAAAUCGAUCGGUAAGGGCGCCUUCGGAGAGGUGAUGCUGGCGCGGCACACCAACGAUUUCAUCAUCAUUAUCAUGGAGUACUGCGAGCAGGGCAACCUCCUCACCUACCAGUCCAAGCUGCCAGGCAAGGUCUUCCCCCUCAAGCAUGCCUCCAAGGUCGUCGUCGAAGUCAUGAAAGCCCUCAAGUGCAUCCACGAGAAGAACUUCAUACACAGGGACAUCAAGUCCGAAAACGUACUCCUCAAGAAGGAAGGAAACGAACUCACCUAUAAAAUCGCAGAUUUCGGCUUCGCCAGGUCCAUCGGAGGAGUCGGCGCCAAGACCCACUGCGGAACUGAGAAGUAUAUGGCGCCUGAAAUCAUCAGCAACUCCUACUACGGCAUCUCGGUCGACAUCUGGGCGCUGGGCGUGCUCUUCUACUUCAUGCUGUCACGACAUGAAGGCCGAGAUCCAGCGCAGGUGCAGCAACCCGCCUUCAGUCUGGCGGCCACGCUCACCAAGAAGGACAAGCUGAAGGACCAGGCAGCGGAGCUGGAGGACUUCUUCAAGCGCAUCUUCGUGGUGGACAGCAAGAAGCGCAUGACCUUCUCCAACAUCGUGAAGCACCCGCUCUUCCUGGAGUACGAGAACGAGUUCAAGGACAACAUCGUCUUCUACAAGAAGCUGGAGAAGGUGGAGGAGUACAAGAAGGACGAAGUGACUGGCGAGGAGUACGGCAUGGACAGCGAGAUGGAGCCUGAGGACGAGUCGCGCACCCAUCUCCUCAAGAAAAAGGAGUGCGCCGUGGAACUGUUCGACAACUAUGCCUCCUACCUCACCUACGCAGAACGACUCGCCGCCAAGUUCUACCUCCUCAAGGCCUACCUCUUCUACUCGGACCCCCUCCUGCACGACCUCUCCUCCAACAAACUCCCAGAGUCGCUGGAGGAGGUCAACAUCGAGGGCAAGAGGUGGGCGGAGUGCACGAAGACACCCGAGUACAAGAAGUUCUUGGGGAAGCUGGAGGAGGAGAACAUGAAGGCGCACCUGAUGUUCGAGGACACCUACAGCGAGGUGAACGUGGUGCUGAAGGAUAUGCCGAUCAAGAACUUCUAA